GGGCGGGACUCCGGAGUCUCCCGCGCGCGCUGGGGCCCCGCGUGAGCGAGGGGACGCGGAACGGGACCGGCCUCGGUUGGGACACGGAGAGGGGACACCCUCCCCCGGAAGCAGAACCCGUGACCCGGAAGCAGAACCGGGACCCGUAGGGGAGACGUCGCCAUGUCCCUCAUAUGCUCGAUCUCAAAUGAGGUGCCAGAGCACCCCUGCGUGUCUCCGGUCUCAAACCACGUCUAUGAGCGAAGACUGAUUGAAAAGUACAUCGCAGAGAAUGGGACUGACCCAGUGAACAACCAGCCGCUGUCUGAAGAGCAACUGAUCGACAUCAAAGUUGCCCACCCAAUCCGGCCCAAGCCACCCUCGGCCACCAGCAUCCCGGCCAUUCUGAAAGCCCUUCAGGAUGAGUGGGACGCCGUCAUGCUGCACAGCUUCACGCUCCGCCAGCAGCUGCAGACCACCCGCCAGGAGCUGUCGCACGCACUGUACCAGCAUGAUGCUGCCUGCCGCGUCAUCGCCCGUCUCACCAAAGAGGUCACCGCUGCCAGAGAAGCGUUGGCGACUCUGAAACCCCAGGCUGGCCUUAUAGUCCCCCAGGCUGUGCCGUCUUCCCAGCCCAACAUCACGGGUGCUGGCGAGCCGAUGGAUCUGGGAGAGCUGGCAGGCAUGACCCCCGAGAUCAUCCAGAAGCUUCAAGACAAAGCCACGGUGCUGACCACGGAGCGUAAGAAGAGAGGCAAGACGGUUCCAGAGGAGCUGGUGAAGCCAGAGGAGCUCAGCAAGUAUCGACAGGUGGCCUCACAUGUGGGCUUGCACAGCGCCAGCAUCCCAGGGAUCCUCGCUCUGGACCUCUGUCCUUCCGACACCAACAAGAUCCUCACCGGCGGGGCGGAUAAAAAUGUCAUCGUCUUUGACAAGAGCUCGGAGCAGAUCCUGGCGACUCUCAAAGGGCACGCCAAGAAGGUCACCAGUGUAGUGUUCCAUCCGUCCCAGGAGCUGGUGUUCUCUGCUUCUCCUGAUGCCACUAUCCGGAUCUGGUCGGUCCCAAGCGCCACUUGCGUGCAGGUUGUCCGGGCCCAUGAGAACGCCGUGACAGGGCUGAGUUUGCAUGCCACCGGUGACUAUCUCCUGAGCUCCUCUGAUGACCAGUAUUGGGCUUUCUCUGAUAUCCAGACGGGCCGGGUGCUCACCAAGGUCACAGAUGAGACCUCUGGCUGCGCUCUCACCUGUGCUCAGUUCCACCCUGAUGGGCUCAUUUUUGGGACAGGGACUAUGGACUCUCAAAUCAAGAUCUGGGACUUGAAGGAACGCACCAAUGUGGCCAACUUCCCAGGGCACUCCGGUCCCAUCACCAGCAUUGCAUUUUCGGAGAAUGGCUACUACCUGGCCACGGCCGCUGACGACUCCUCUGUCAAACUCUGGGAUCUGCGCAAGCUCAAGAACUUCAAGACGCUGCAGCUGGACAAUAACUUUGAGGUGAAGUCCCUCAUAUUUGACCAGAGCGGUACAUACUUGGCCCUGGGCGGCACGGACGUCCAGAUCUACAUCUGCAAGCAGUGGACGGAAAUCCUCCACUUCACAGGUGAGGUGCUCAGCUGGGAGAGUCAUGUGCCUGUGCUGGGUUCAGCGAGUGGAUGAGCGAGCUGCUCCUUUCAUUGUGUCCCUGAGACCCCAUUCCCAUGGAGUGCGCUGCGUGAGGUGGCCCUAGGAUGGAGGGGAAGGUCUAGUAGGAUGAAUUGCAAAUUAACCAUCUGGUGUCUCUCCCCUAAUCAUCUCUCAUGUCUCCCUACAGAACACAGUGGCCUGACUACAGGUGUGGCCUUUGGCCACCAUGCUAAAUUCAUCGCUUCCACGGGCAUGGACAGGAGCCUGAAGUUCUACAGUCUGUAGCCUAUUUUCUUAGGAUCUGGGAGGAUGGGCUGUGUCCUUCACUGUAGUGUUGGGGUUAUUGUGGGGAGGUAACAUGGGUGGGUGGGGUUAUCAUUGCUUUACUUUGAGGUAUCAGGGGGAGGCCAACCUAGCGCACCCCCUUCCCUGUGCUCAAAGGCUUUGUUUUUCCAGUUUCGUGUUUCUUUCCAGUUUAGAUUCUGUUCUGUGAUUGUAACAAACGAAAUGGAACCAAACCCAUCCACUGACGGACAGCUGUGAAUGAGAGGCUGGGUGGGGGAAAGAGAGGGAUGGCAUAGGAAUGGGAGAGAAGUGGGGGAUGGGGAAAUGUGCAUUUUUUUUUUGUAAGCAGCUAUCUACUUUCAGUAAAAAAAUAAAGAAUG